AUGGAAAACAACACUGAAGCCACUGAAUUUCUAACGAAGAACUUUACAGACAAUGCUGACUUGGAAAUCUUUUCCUUCUUACUUUUUCUACCAAUUUACCUCUUCACACUCACAGGGAACUUAGGACUGAUUGCUCUGGUCAUUAGGGAUUCCCACCUGCACAAACCCAUGUACUAUUCCCUAAGUGUGCUGUCUUCAGUGGAUUCGUGCUAUUUCUCUGUUAUCAUGCCUCAAAUGGUAGCAGACUUUAUGUUAGAGAAGAAGGUCAUUUCGGUCAUUGGCUGUGCUGUACAGAUGUUCCUGGCUGUUACUUUUGGCACAUCAGGAUGCUUUCUUUUGGCAGCAAUGUCUUAUGACCACUAUGCGGCCAUCCACAACCCACUUCUGUAUGUAGCAAUCAUAUCACCCAGAAUUUACGUGCCACUCAUCUUUGCUUCCUAUGCUGGUAAAAUUUUACAUGCUGUUAUUCACAUCGUGGCAUCUUUGCAACUGUAUUUUUGUGGAUCCAAUGAAGCCAGUAAUAUUUUCUGUGAGAUCCCUCCAUUCCUGGCAAUUUCUUGUUCUGAAAAGCACAUCAACCAGCUUCUCCUUUUCUACUGCACCAUGUUCAUUGAGAUACUCACCAUACUGAUUGUCCUGAUGUCCUAUGGCUUCAUACUAUUGGCUAUUCUGAGGACAUACUCUGCUGAAGGUAAAAGAACGUUAUUUUAUACAUAUGGCCCUCAUCUAACUACAGUGUCCAUUUUUCAUGGUACUGCUCUUUUCAUGUAUGUGAGACCAAGUUCCAGAUAUGCCAUGGAACAUGACAUGGUAGUGUCUAUAAUUUACAGCAUUGUAAAUCCCAUGCUGAAUCCUCUCAUCUACAGUUUGAGAAACAAAGAUGUAAAAGAACCCAUAAAACAAGUGUUUUGUCAAAGACUGAUUUGUAGAUAA